ACAGGAAGUAAUUUGCAUUUUUAUCAAGUCAACACAACACGUUAAAUACUGCCCACUUAUUUCAAGAUUUUAAAGUAAGUUCUCGUUAUUUAAAGCGCCGGUUUGGGGUAAAGUUAUUUGCAGACAUAAGUGCGUUUGAGACGAGUUGGUUCGUACGGACAGAAACGCGGCUGCCUCUGAAGUGAUGAGUUUAACGGCAGGAAGCUAGGCUAACUGUUAGCAUUCAGGUCCAUUCUCACUGAGCACUGAACUGAAUAAUCUGGGGAGCUGGUCCUGCAGCGCUGUGAGGGUGAAACAAGUUCACCUACUAAAUACUUGUAUUAUAAGAUGUUACGAACACAUGACAAUGAAGUGGCAGUCUAAUAACCUGGGAUGGGUGUGAAAGGUCUUCAGUACUUCAUGGACUGCUGCUGUCCAGAAAGCUGUGUGACUGUGGACCUCAGAGAGAUGGCCAGUCAGCAUGUUGCCAGAAACGCAACCACAGCUGACAGCACAGGUCCCACACUGGUUGUGGAUGGUAUGGCUUGUCUGUGCCACUGGUACACCUGUAAGGACUGGUUAUGUGGGGGGCAGUGGAGGGAGUAUUUGGAUGUCCUGAAGAACUGGGUGGAGGCGUUUACCUCCGCAGGCAUCAGACUGGUCUUCUUCUUUGAUGGGGUGGUGGAGGAGCAGAAGAGACAAGAGUGGGUGAAGAGGAGACACAGAGUGAACAGGGAAAUUUCUAAAAUAUUUCAUCACAUCAAGGCACAUGGAGAGCAGCCUGGUAGAGAGCGCUUUUGUCUGCCUUCUGGUUUGGCAUCAUUCACACGCUUUGCUCUCACGUCAUUGGGUCAGGAAGUGUUCUGCUCAGUGCGGGAAGCUGACUAUGAAAUUGCCAGCUACGCUCGUCAGCAUGGCAGCUUGGGCAUUCUGGGACAGGACUCAGACUUCAUCAUAUACAACAGUGCCCCCUACUUGUCGGUGGCAAAGCUGCGGAUAAACAGCCUCACCACCGUCAUGUACGACCGCCAGAAGUUGUGCCGAGCCACUGGAUUGGCUGUUACCCAGCUACCAGUGCUGGCCUGUCUCCUAGGUAAUGAUGUGGUGUCAGAGAAGCAGAUGCAGCACAUUAGGAGCAACGCCAUGGCAACAUACAGGAAAAACAAUCCUGCGCCACACUCUGGUGCUCCUCAAGGACAGAUGGUCCUCGCUGUAUCCCAGUUUGUGAGCUCCUUGUGGGGCAGACAGGAGGAAGAGACUGGGCACAUUCCUCAGUCUCUGAAUCUAUCACCUCCUCAAAGAGAGCUACUGAGGAAGGGGAUCUGCUCCUACUUACUACCAGGACAGGAAGAUCCUCACCAAGGUGACAUCUCUGCACAUCCCUCCACUGCUGCCUUUGAGAAGUAUGUCAGUCCCGAAAUAUUAAAGGCAUGCAGAGAGAAGCAUGUAGCAGCAGAGGGUUAUAUGGUUUACAAUGUAUUGUGUGAGGGAGUGGCUGAAUGUAGCAACACUUUGGAGGAUGAAGAGGAUGCUGAACUGCUGCCUCAAGCCCUUGUCUACAAACCCUGCAGACAGCACAUCUACGCACUGCUGCUCGGACAUGAUGGCAGCACUGUUGACACUCCAGCAAUGAAGGAAUGGUUUGUGUACCCUGGAAACCCCCUGAGGGAACCUGACUUGGUCCACCCUGUCCCAGUCAGCCUCCCAUGUGAUCAUCCCAGUCUGGAUGUGUUGUGGUUCGGCACUGGACCUAAUGAUUCUGCCCUUCGCCUGACAUCCUUCCUUACAAUUUUUGGCUGCCAGGAUUUCUCUGAGUUGUAUGGAGCUAUUGAAGUCUCUCUCCUGGCUGCUCUCUGUCUUGUCACUUACAUAGUCCUGGAGGUACAGACUUUGUCUCAAGAGGACGUGGAUGCUUACCUGAGUCAGAGUGUCUGUCUGAGCAUAAAAUCCCCUCAAGAGCUUCAGCAGAUCAAGCUGCCUUUCCUCUCCAGCCGAGCGGUGCAGCUGGGAUCUCUCUAUGUCCGAGGGCUGAGCCACCUGCUGGGUGCUAACUGUGCCAGCGGCUGCCCGCUGCCCAACGCUGCCCUGAUGCCUUGGCAGAGCUUCGACGGACGGCUGUUCCACUCAAAGUACCUGCUGGCACAUACUGGGGCAGAGAAAACUGUGCUGCUGGACGGCGAUUCGUCCCGUCUGUCGCUGUUUCUCCACCUGAGAGAGAAACUUAUAGAGACCUGCAAGAAGAGAGGCAGAAUCCUGCAGUCCAGACCAAGAUCCAGCGCACCAGAGCAAAGUCAUAAAACCACACCAGGACCGAGAUACAGGGACAGACACACAGGUUGGCCCUCAGGUGGUGGUGGUGAGGAAUGGAAGCAGAGAGGAGAGAUGACGGGAGGUCCUCGACAUGGAGGAGGAUGGAGGGAGAGAGGAGAGAUGGCGGGAGGUCCUCGACAUGGAGGAGGAUGGAGGGAGGGAGGAGAGAUGGCGGGAGGUCCUCGACAUGGAGGAGGAUGGAGGGAGAGAGGAGAGAUGGCGGGAGGUCCUCGACAUGAAGGAGGAUGGAGGGAGAGAGGAGAGAUGGCGGGAGGUCCUCGACAUGGAGGAGGAUGGAGGGAGAGAGGAGAGGAAAGGAGAGACCAAAGUGAAUGUGAAAACAGAGAGAGACUGGGGGAGAGAGGAGGACACAGAGGAGGUGGGAUGAGAGGAGGACAGUCCAGAGGUCGAUUGUACAGCAGCAGAGGGAGGUACCAGCUGGCUCCCAGAUGGUCGCAGCCUCCUGCACCUGGAACAUAACUCAACCCUGAACAGAGAGGAGAGGAGCAGAGGAUUAGAGGGGGAGGGAAGUCAUGAUGAAAGAAGAGAAGGAAUCAAAUUUCUCUGAACAAACUGAUUAGUGAAUUACCCGUCAGGAAUGUUUGCCUAAAGGAUGCAGUAGGUAUCAAAAUAGGGAUUAAGAGGAGUCAGAAUGAAGAGACUGUGAAUACUUCAUUUCAUUUGCCAAUUCAGACUGAAUUUUUUUAUGCAUCUUAAAAUAAUCCUGUCAGCAUACUUUUAACGUCAAUCACCAGCCAGUCAGUUGUCUCAGGGACACGUACCUGCCUUACUUUGACAGAAAACGAUGAGCACAAAGGAGAAGUUAGCAAACAAACACAGAAAUAAGCCACUUCAAACGUACACUGAGAAGUGGAUUAAUGGUUAAUCCUGAAGCCUGUUUUUACCUCUUAUCUUUCACAAUAAAAGGGCAAAGAUCUUAAAAGCUGUGUGUAUGCAGUGCUAUAAUCCUUUGAAAGUAAUGGUUUUAACUGGAGAAACAGUAACGCUGGUAUCGAAUAUCAGCUGUAAUAGACCAUCUAACAUUACUACAGAGAGGUACUAAAGAUUUAUGCACCUCUAUAAUCUGAUACCAGGAGCCAUUUGUGACAAGUCAAAAACAAAGUGAAGCAAGAAGUGAGUUUCUGUUUUAUCAUUCUCAGAACAAUGCUGUCUGUAUGUAAUGGACACCAAUGGAGAGAGAUUGUUAUAUUUUAAAUGUUUAUACUUUGCACUGUGGAUGUCUUGAUACAGAGCGCUACACUACAUUAACUGUGUAUCUAGAAGCUUCACAUUUUUCUGCCAUUGUUAGAUUUAUUUCAACUGUCACUACAUGUUUUUAGCUGAAAGUGUGUAUCUAAGCACAGGAGAGGCCUGUGACAAGCCUCACAAUCCUUUCUCAUUUCAACCACUCUUAUAUUUUAUGUAUGAUGAAACUUUGAUUUUAGGAUUAUUUUUUAAAACUCAUUAAGUAAAUAUGACCAAUAUUUGUUGUCCCACAACCAGUUUUCAACAUCUGACUCCAACAACACAUUUGAAACAUCGCUACAUUCUGUUGAACCUGUGGGAAAAGCUUAAAUUAUUUUCACACUGACAGUAUUGAGUGUGGGAGGGGAUCAAAUUACCUUGGCGUCUUUGUGUGUGUGUGUUUGUUGAGUUGAUUAGGAAUGUAUAGUCUGUAGAGUCAGACUGACUGUCUUCCUGUAACACUGUGAAUGUCGUAAAACCCACCAGAGGAAAAGGAUGCAGAGAAAGUCCCACAGCUUGAGUGCUCUCGUGUGUGUGUGUGUGUGUGUGUGUGUGUCUAUAUCUGAGUGUGAGAGUGAUUUACUCAACAUGUGGAAACAAAUGCAGGGAAUUCAGUGCUGAUAUAGUGAUGGUGAAUGUGUGUGUGUGUGUGUGUGGCAUGACAGAGCUGAAAGUUAUAUCGCUUAUCCCUUGAGUGCUUCGACCUGCUCAUCACUCAGAUCAAGGCUGCAACAAACUAUGUUGUAAAAGAACUGCAUAAUAAUGAUACAAAUAAUAAUCAUAAUGAAGUCACUCAUAUAGUACAAUUCACACAAAAAGUUUCACAAAAGAUUAAAUAUAGUAGUUUUCUUUGAAAAGCUGUGAGGUACAUACACUCAGGCUGUUGGGAGUCUGGUGCUCCCAGUUUAGUCUGAGUUGCUCUGUUUUGAACUAUUUGUAGAAUGACAACAGUGCUGGAGGAAUAACAAUCCUGGAGAUUUAUAAAAUCUACCAUGGAUUGAUCAGCUGGUGAUGUUCAUCAGUGCAAAGUCUCAGGAGAUGACCAUACAGUGUUUUUCUAAUAACACUUUUUGGGGGUUUGCACAGAUUUGACUUUAAAAAACCUCUCAGCACGUGGACUGUGUUUGUGAUUAUAACCUUUUAUGUUGUAUUACUGUGUUGUACUGUUUUGGGGGAUUAACAGCCAUUUCAUUUAGCGUUAUCAUAAUAGUGGUAACAAAAUCUUAGGCAUGGUUUAGUUGAAUCCAAUAAAUGAGCACUAGAUUUAUGAAACACUUGUCAGUGCUGGACAUGUCUCACAUUUUCUCUGUGAUUCCCCCUUUGUAGUCCUUCUCAGACAUACCACUCUGAGACAGACGAGGGUGGCAUCAGCAAGUUUACGCUGACUUAGAAAUAACGCUGUACAGAAAUAUGUCUCAGUGUGACUGAAUUAUAAUCACACUUUACCUGCACACAAAGAGUAGCAGAGAUGUGUUCAGUAAGUUCAGUAAGUUACUUUCACUGAAACAUGAUUUGUGGGCAUUUUCAGAUUUGAUGUUGUUUGAUUGUUGUUGGAGUACAGUGGAGGUGAAAAGACAUUUUGAUUUAAUGGAAAACAGCCAACAUUUUAUCUUCUUGCCAGAGUUUAAGUGGGUUAAAGGUGAUAAAUGAAAUUGAGCAUCUCAGAGACUGAGUCAUGUAUAAAACCUUUCCUAGUGGGAUGUGACUAAACUGUCCACUCCCUGUCUUUCUUCCCAGUCCAGUGGCAGCAGAAGAAACAACAGAGCGUGUGUGUGUGUGUGUGUUUUGGGGUUAGUGACUGUGGUGAGUGGAGUGGGUGUGGGUGAGUAUGUGAGGAGGGGGGACGAGGGUGGGGCACGCAACACACACGCAUAACUUGGGUCCAGUCGCCCCUUCGAGAUAAUAACAAUAACAGGAGGAGGGAUGUGUUUUCUGUGGUGAAGAGGAAGCGAGGGAUGGGAGGUUAAAAAGGGAGGAAGAGGGGAAAAAAAGAAAAUGGAAGAGGGAAAUGAAGGAGUGUAAAGGAGAAAGGAGAAGUAAACAUUUAGAAGAGGAAAGCGAGGACGACGAAGGAAACGCACUGGAGGGGUGGUCGCCAGAGAAGUGGAAGACUAAGAAUAGAGAAAACAACAGAAAACAGGAUGAGAGGGGAGAGAGUGGAGAAAAGAGAGGAGGUGAAUGAAAGGGGAAGACAGAAGAGUUCAGAACAGUUUGAAUCCAGAGUUGGUAGUCUCUUGCCUUCAACCACAGGAAACCCUGUUGGCUGCCCAACAGAUCAGCUUCCUGUGUGUGUGUGAGAGAGAGAGAGAGAGACAGAGAUAAAUGUGUGGUGUAGGUCUGGGCGUGGUCCCUCCAGCAGCAGGGAGACAAACAGUCAAACCCCCUUUCCAGGCCUCCUCCCUGAGAUUGGCUCGGGCGUCUGUCCUCUCGGGUGGCCGUCAUUCAGCGGGCUGUCUACUCUGCCUCACACUCGGUCUCUGCGUCUUAUCUAAACUCUCUGAGGCUUUCUUCCAACCGAAGUCAUCAAACCAGGCACCCAUUUGUGUAACCCAGCUGCACCAGUGGGAUUUGAUUUAAACCUUUGCGGUGUCCAGUGGUGGCCACAGUGGGCAAGACCUUCGCUGGUCCUGUGGGGACCACAAAACCACAUCGAUAAACUCAGUCCUAAGCAAACAGCCACUUUGAGGCAGAGUUUCAUCCUCUGACUACACUUGCCUCUGGACAUGCAUAAAAUGUAAAAACAUGUUUGACAUAUUAAAAGUCAUCACAUAUUAGCCUUAAUGUCUCAUGUAACCACAUGUAACUGACACUCAUUGGACUAUCAACACGUUAAGCACAGCUUUUUAAUUAUGUAAGUCAUGUUUUUUCUUGCUCUUAAGCCACACUAGCGGUGUGUGGGUCUGCGGUUGUCUGUGUUGUCAGCCUGUUACCACUUACUGAAAUGUGUCAACAACUAAUGGAUGGAUUGCCAUGAAAUUUGGUUCCAUCAUUCAUGUAACUUGUCCAAUACUCUGGUUUAUGAUCAAAUACUGCAGAACUGACAUCCCCACCAGCCUCAGCUGUACCUUGUGUUUAGUGCUAAUUAGCUCCCUAAGAUACCACACUAAGAUGGUGAACAUGUUAACCAUUGUACGUGCUAAACAUCAGCAUGUAAGCGUUGUCACUGUGUGAACAUGCUUACGCUAGCAUUCAUCUCAAAGCACCACUUUGCCUCUCAGAGCCGCUCGCAUGACUGCAGGCUGUUAGUUACAGAGCAUGAUGUGAGAUGGACGAGGUGGACAAGGCUCCCUUGUUUGUU